AUGAUAAAAUUUACCAGCAUCCUUUUCCUUUUCCCAGUGUUCGUCUUUCUUUUAGCGACUAAAAUUGCAGCUAUUACCUACAAUCCUUUGACUCUCAAUGGCACGGCUGUAGGGAACAUAGAAGACCAAAGUGUAGUUUAUUACAACAUUUCUUGGUCAGAGGGACAAGCUAAGACCAUCAAUUUGACGUUAUCAACAUGCUCUACAUUUGAAGGAUCUAGCAAUUUAAUACUCUAUGCCUCCAACUAUUCCUUUGACAAUUCCCUUGCUUUAGGGAAUUACUCUUAUUCCUCAGUGGAUGCCGGACUGGCUUCCUUGUCGAUAACUGGAUAUUCACCAAUGUUUAUUGCGGUUUCCAGCAGUGAUUCUCAAUAUAGUCAAAGUUACAUCGGCGGCAAUCAUGAUAAGACUUCCAAUAGUGCAUAUCAAACAGAAUAUGAGCUGUCUGCUGGCAAUAAUUUUACUUUUACCCAGUACAAUGAAACAAAGUUUUUGUUCGCCCAAGAUACAGAUUUUCAAGCAGCUUUACUAAUCACUGGUAAUCUUACUACAAAUGAUACGUCUGUAAUUCCAAAUUAUCAAAUUUACGUUAAUCCAACGGACUCAGCUUUUGAUAAACAAAUCGGACAACUAUCGAGAUCUUUCUGUGCUUACCGAGGCAAUCCAUCUACCCUUAACAUAAACAAUGCAGAUUUGUCGAUGACGGUACGUGGUUUAGGUCCCUUUGCCAAGGAACAGUUUUAUUUGAAAGGAUUAUCGCCAAACACUUCGUAUACCGCAUAUGUGGUCAAGCCCAAUAUCGACGCAUAUGGCGGUACUACCUAUCCUCCUAUAACUUUUACGACAAACGUUGGAACAACAUGUCAAUUGAUCUAUGAUUUGGAGUUUUGUUCUGAAGUAGCUUAUUCCGUUCCCGGGAACGCUGCAGCCUAUUCAGCUUUAUCAUUAGCUUCAUGGUACAACCAGCAAGCGUAUGGCUAUUACCAAAACUUCACAUAUACGUUGGAUCAAUACCCUUGUAAUGCAACUGCGCUUUCCAUUUAUUCUCUGUUCCGUAAUUGCAGUGACUGCCUGCAGAGUUACAGAAAUUGGUUAUGUGCUGCCGUCAUCCCCCGCUGUGCAGAUAUAACGGAUAACAGCACUUUCCUUGUUUAUAGGAACAAUAACUCAAGAUAUCCGUUAAUAGACGAAGUCGUUCGGCCCGGCCCAUAUAAAGAGGUCCUUCCGUGCGCUCAUCUUUGCUACACGUUAGCUUCAAGUUGCCCUGUGGAUUUAGGAUUUUCUUGUCCCAGGAGUGGAUUUGGAUUAGAAGAGUCAUAUGGUGAGAUUAGCAAUGCGACGGGUGUAAUCGCUUGCAAUGCACCUGGAGUAGAAUUUUAUGAAAGCGUCGCAAGCUUUUUACAAAUACCUUGGUUGUCCUUUAUAAUCCUUUUUUUAAUUUGGUGUUUGGUCCUUUAA